UCCAGAUUUCAUCAACCAACCUCACCGGAAAACGCCGUCGUUUUGAUCCGACUGAAAAUGGACCCGGUUCACGCAUCAAUCCUCCCUGAAGUUCCCGGAGAAAAGACCAAAAUCGGCACCUCACUCGUCGACACUGCGGCCGCAACCAUCCAGUCGUUUGGCCCGACCAAACAGAUCCACCAACACCUUUGCGCAUUUCACUUUUACGCGGACGACAUGACUCGCCAAGUGGAAGCGCAUCACUACUGCGGCCAUCUGAACGAAGACAUGCGACAAUGCCUAAUCUACGACCGGCCCGAUGCCGAUGCGCGGUUGAUCGGGCUGGAAUACAUAGUAACUGAAGAACUGUUUUUAACUCUUCCGGACACGGAAAAACCAAUGUGGCAUAGCCACGAGUACGAGGUGAAGAGCGGCGUGCUCUUCCUUCCCGGUGUUCCCGGUCCGGUUGAACGAAAAGAUCUCGAGAAAGUGGCGAAAACGUAUGGGAAGACCAUUCACUUUUGGCAGGUGGAUAGAGGUGAUGAACUGCCGCUCGGGUUACCGCAGGUGAUGAUGGCGCUAACGCGAGACGGGCAACUCUACCCGAGCCUCGCUAAAGAUGUGGAGUCUCGAUACGGCGUCUCCUUCGAGAAGGAAAGGGCUAACAGGGCAUACAUGGAGGGUCCGACUCACGGAAUCCACCCAAAAGCGAAUGCAGCCGGAAUCGGGCUCAAGACGGUGCUACGAGAGAUCGAAUGCAAACCAUCCGUCCAGUCGGAAUCUGUUCCUAGGGUUUUUGUUUGAUAAAUCCUUUUAAAAACUGUGUUGGAGAAUAAAGAUGCUGAUGCUAUGAAUGAAUCUAUCAAGAAUAAGUAAGAACGUGAGAACAGUUUGGAAUA